AUGCAGAUCACCGCAAGUGCCUUGCCUUUGCUACUGCUGAUGCUGCACCCGACAGUUGCAGCAGCAGCAGCAGAACGCGCAGCAGCAGCAGCGACGAGAGCUCACCGAGAAGCAGCUGCUGCCGCACCGGCAGCAGCAGCAGCACAAAAGGCAAAUCUUCCUGUUCCCCCGCAUGCAAAGUAUCGGAUGGCAAGAGCCACGGUGAUUCCACGACCAGCAACAGCAGCAGCAGCAGCAGCAGCAGCAGCAGCGGCAGGUUCUGUGCGUCUUGCAGUUACCGUCCGUUGCUUCUCUUUGUCUUUCUACGGCUCCGCUGCUGCAGCGCGAGAAGCAGCACUUCGUUACUUGGUGCAGCAGCAGGGCUCCAUUAGCUUCGUUGUUAAGCAGCAGCAGCAAGAGCUGCAGCGGCUGCUGCAGCCGUCGCCUAUCAGUUAUGAAGAGCACAUCGCACUGCAGCAGGAACAACAGCAACAGCAACAGCAGCAACAACAGCAGCUGCUGCAGCAGCAAAUGCUCAAAAAGUCAGAUACGUACGUGUUGCGGUUGCAGCAGCAGCAGCCACAGGACGUGCUGCUGCAGCACAGACCGCCCCUCCGUGGAGCAGAGAGGAAUCCGCCUUUGCUGCGGUCGCGUAGGUCCCUGCUCCAGCAGCAGCAGCAGCAGCAGCAGCAGGAGCGGCCUGACAGGCCCAAGAGGCAACUGCCCCCACGCCUGCGAGACCCGGAAUCCCAGGGCGUCAUCCCUGCUGCAGAGAGCAGCAGCAGGAGCUGCACCUCUACGCCAGCAUCAGCAUCAUCAGCAGCAGCAGCUAGCUUAGUAGACAGCGUAGAUUCGGCAGGGCCAGCAUCCCCGAUGCCGGCAGCCGCAGCAGCAACUUCGCCAAAUGCUGCUCUCACCAACAGCAGCAGCAGCAGCAGCAGCAGCAGCAAAGCUCACCGGACGCCUGUGUCUCGCCCGCUGAAGCUGUGUGGAGUGGUGCCGCGGCUGGAGCAGCUUCCGGGUUGUGAAGGUGAAGAGGGAGCAGCAGCAGCAGCAGUGGCAGCAGCAGCAGCAGCCGGAGGCUACCGCGUCGGGGACUUCUUGCAGGGGCUGCUGGCCUGUCCUUCAGGCAGCGGCUCGAAGCAGCAGCAGCAGCAGCUGCUGCGCAGCAGCAGGAAGCGAAAGACAGCGCCAACUGCUGCUGCUGAUGGCUCUUGCAGUUCUUGGGGGGGCGGCCCUCGAAGCUACUCCAGAAGCAGCAGCAGCAGCAGCAGCAGCAGCAGCGGCUGCGUGUUCAGCAGCAUGAGUCGCGUGCUAGCUGAGAAGGAGGUGACGCGCGAGGGCCGCCUGCUGCUGCGCAAUGCGCUGGUCUCGGGGGCCCUGGUGCCUGCUGGGGAGGAGUUUGCGGUGUCUUCGCUGGACGAUGUAGAGGCCCUACCAGCAGCAGACCCAUUCUCUUCUAGCUGGUACUUGAUGCAGGUGUUCUUACAGACGCACAAACUGCAGCGAAGUCAGCUGAUGGAUGUGGGCACAACGCGGCAGCUGCUGGCGGCGAGGCGGUUUGUGUAUCUGUUGUCUCCUUAUGCGGAAUCAAGGACAUUUGCUGCUGCAGCAGGCGCAGGAGCCGCUGCUGCUGCUGCUGCUGCUGCAGCUGCCAGGCCCCCACCCACGCCGCCAACAACCAGGCAGCAGCUUGCCAACGCUGCCAGCAGCGGCAGCAGCAGCAACAGUAGCAGCAGCAGCAGCAAGGCACUGCAUGGAACUGGCGUUGUCUCCCCCAAGUUAGAGGGAAUGCGCGUUGGGGGGAACAGCAGCAACAGCACCAGCAGCAGCAGCAGCAGCAGCAGCAGCAGCAGCAAAGCAGACUCGCAGCAGCAGCUGCAGCAGCUUGCGUCGCAGCAGCAACUAUCUCUGGCUGCCCAACAGCAGCAACUGGCGUCCGCCCAGCAGCAGCAGAUGGUUCUUCAGUACCUAAUUCGCAAGCGGCAGGAGCAGCAGCAGCCACAGCAGCAGCAGCAACAGCAGCAGCAGCUGCAGCACGUCGCCGCAACUGCAACCGCGACAGACACCCAAGCUGUUGGGACCGCCCUAGGUGGAGCAGAGCCGCAGCUGCACCCGCAGCUGCUGCACCAGCAGCGGAUGAAGCAGUGGCAGCAGUUGUGGCAGCAGCAGCUGCUGCAACGGCUGCAGCAGCAGCAAACGGCCCCGCAAGGCGUCACGCCAGCUGCAGCGCAGCAUUCCCUGUUGCAGCAGCAACAGCCUCAAGGGGUUGCUGCCCUUUGGCUGCAGCGCCCUCAGUGGCGCCUCCCCUUCUGGACUUUGCUGCCACAGCAGCAGCAGCAGCAGCAGCAGCAGCAGCAGCAGCAGCAGCAACAGCAGCCUAACCAGCAGCAACUGCGACAGCAUCAGAACGGACCAGCUAUAGCAGCAGCGGCUCCACCAGUAGACGAAGCAAAACAACAUUCAAACGCUGCUGCUGCUGCAGGAAAGCCCACAGCUGCAGCAGCUACCUUCGAUGCCACUGCUGCUUCUGCUGCAAGGGUCUCUGCUCCGAGAGGAAAAGGCGAAGAGCCCUGCAGUCGCAGCACCAGCAGCAGCAGUAGCGCCGGAGACACGGGCAGCAGUAGCAGGAGCAGCAGCAGCAGUGGGAGCAACACCAGCAGCAGUAGCAGCAGCAGUUCCAGCGGGUGCAGCAGCAGCAGCAGCAGCAGCAGCAGCGGGACGUGUCGCACAAGUUUGCUGCCGCCGGGAUACGGCGAGCUGCCACAGCUGGAAGCCUUAGUUGACGCUGCCGUGCUGCUGAGCAGACACUUCAAACCCAACCCCGAACCCCACUCAGAAGCGGGGGCGCGCCUCGACAGCCGGCGGCCGCUGCACUGCGUGUGGCUCGACGAGCGGAGACAGCCGCAGUGGCGCUGCCGGUGGACGGCCUCGGCGGGGCGCCGCUUCAGUCGGACCUUCUCUGUCAACCUUUUCGGCUAUGAGUCGGCGAAGCGUUUGGCUGUUUGGUCAAAACUCCUUGUCUCCACACCUCACCAGCGACGGGCUUGUCUUCAGGAGCUGUGGGAUUCGGUGCAGCAGCAAGUGCGGCAUCCGCUGCCGCACCAGGUGGCGGCGCUGCUGAAGCACGGGAAGGUAAAGCCGGAGGUCUGCUGCUUCGAGCUGAGGCCCCCCGCGCUGCUGCGGCAUCAGCAGCAGCUGCUGCUGCCUCAUAAUUUUUCUAAUUCAAAAGCGCAGGACCAACAGCAGCAGCAACAGCAGCAACAACAACAGCAAAAAGUCCAGCAGCAGCAGCAGCAGGAACAGCCGCACGACUCACAGACUCCCACAACGUCCUCUCCUGUCAUUGGUCCCUCCAGCAGCAGAGAGCGCCGACAGCAGCAGCUGCAGGAUAAGCAGCAACAGCAACAGCAGCAGCAACACGGAGAAGCUGUAGUAGCUUCGCCGCGACUUGAUAAAGAACGGCGUGCUGCUGUUGCUACUGCUAAUGCGGCUCCCGUUGUUGCUGAUGCUGCUGCUGCUGGGGGCUCUGCCGAGGCUGGGCCUCCAAGUAGUGCUCAGCAGCGUCGCGCUGCUGCCGCUGCUGCUGCUGCUGCUGCUGUGACUUCAGCCACAGCAGCAAGCGGCAGAGAGGACAAAUUGCCAUCAGAUGGGAACGGUCGCCUCCGAAGUACAGCAGCCGCACCAGCAGCACCAGAAGCAGCAGCAGCAACAACACCAGCAGCAGCAGCGGAACCAGCAGCAGAACCAGCAGAAGCAGCAGCAGCAGCGAGAGAAGCACCAGCAGCAAUUCCUGCGGUGCGACGGAGGGGACUGCGGCAACGCGCAGCAGACAAAGAAGAAUCAGCAGCAAAAGUUGAGAGUGGUGCGUCAACAGUUGCAUCCACAGUUGCUGCUGCUUGCACAAGCCCUGCUGCUGCAGCUGCUGCAGCAGCAGCUGCUGCUGCCGGGCCCUGCACUGCUGCAGCAAACCUGGCAGGGACUUCGCCUGUAGCAGCUGGCGCAGCCAAUCCCAGCAACAGCAGCCGCAGCAGCAUCGGAGGCGGACGUAGAGAGCAGCAGCACCAGCAACAACAGCACCAGCAACGCCAGCAGCAGCAGCAACAGCAGCAACAGCAGCAGCAACAGCAGCAGCAGCAGCAACAGCAGCAGCAGCAACAGCGCAGCAGCAACAGCAGCAACAGCAGCAGCAACAGCAGCAGCAGCAGCAACAGCAGCAGCAGCAACAGCAGCAACAGCAGCAGCAGCAACAACAGCAGCAGCAGCAACAACAGCAACAGCAGCAGCAGCAGCAACAGCAGUAGCAGCAACAGCGGCAACAGCUCUUUAAAGAGGAAGCCGCUUCACACGGAAGGAAAUGAUACAGCAUCUGCUGCUGCUGCUGCGGUUGCUGCUGCCUCCCCUCGGGUUUGUACAGAGACAGAGACAGGAAGGCUGAGGGGUACGAUGCUGCUCCGAUGCCGCAACGCACGACAGCAGCAGCAACAACAGCAGCAGCAACAACAGCAGCAGCAGCAGCAGCAACAACAACAGCAGCAGCAACAGCAAAAGGAGCAGCUACAGCAGACUGUGAAGCGCCGCCAUGUUGACUCGGGCCUAGGCGAAUCGAACAGCGACGCAGAAGAGCCUAGCAGUGCUGCUGCUGCACGGCGCCGCACUUGCAACGGCAGCAGCAGCAACAGCAGCAGUAACAGCAGCAGCAACAGCAGCAGUAACAGCAGCAGCAACAGCAGCAGCAGCAGCAGCAACAGCACAAAUAAUAAUAGUGCUAGUCGCAAGUCAGUGUGCCGUCGGGUUGCUGCAGGGACCGAGAGCACCCGUUCGCUGCAGGGUGAGGACUCUCCUAGCGAGCGAGAAGCAGUACCUGCUGCUGCUGCUGCUGCUGCUGCUGCUGCUACUGCUGCUGUUGCCCCUGGAGACAGCAACGGCCGCAGCGGCGACAAUGCACACAGUAGCAACAGCAGCAGCAGCAGCAACAACAGCAGCAGCAGCAACAGCAGCAGCAGCAACAGCAGCAGCAGCAACAGCAGUACCUCAUCCCCGCGGGAAGUGCGACGGGGGCGCCGAAAGACCGUUGUUACUGCUGCUGCUAGCAGCAGCAACAGCAGCAGCAACAGCAGCAGCAGCAGCAGCAGCCUGCCUUCAGUCUCUGCUACGCACGAAGCCUCCAGCGGUACGCCACGGGCUGCAGCAUCCACAGCGUACAUGUCGCUGAGGCCUAGGGCAGCAGCAGCAGCAGCGGCAGCACCGACCGCAACACCAGCAGAAGCAACAGCAGCAGCAGCAGCAGGAAGCAGCGCUAGCAACAGCACCACACCUCAGCAGCAGCAACUGCAGCAGCAGCGGGCGGCGAGCAAAAGAAAUGGCACGUCAGAAGACGCCGAAAGCACGCCACCGCUUCCGGCUGCUGCAGCGCCAGCAGCACCAGCAGCAACAGCUGCACCAGCUGCAGCAACAGCAGCAGCACCAGCCGUUCAAAGGCCCCGGCAAAGCAGUGCGAACUUUAACAAAAACAGCAGCAGCAGCAGCAGCAACAACAACAACAACAACAGCAGCAGCAGCAAAAGCAGCAUUCAGCAACGCCCCAUACUUCGUUCCCUGCGAUCUAUGGCUACGCGAGCAUCGGCAGCAGCGGCCCUUCAGGCCUCUCCUCGCCGAGUGUCUGCUGCUGCUGCUGCUGCUGCUGCAGCAACAGCAGCAGCGCAUGCAUGUGCACUGGACAAGAUUGUUGCAGAGGGGGAGCAAGAGUUCGGCAUCCUCCUGUCUGUAGUCUCUUCUUUCGCUUGA